AUGGGCUUGAACGGCUUCCCGUCGUGCGACCCGCCAUGCAGCAGCGGCAGCGAUGCCGGCGUCGCGGCCGGCAGCUGCACGGCGGAGCCGCGGCUGUGCGGGCCGCCGACGUCCGCGUUUGUAUCCGUGGGCUGGCGGCCAGAGGCGAUCGUGGAUUCGCUACUGCACCCCCUGAAGCAGGAGAUGCGCACCAACAUCAACGACCCCGCGAAAGCGGAGGCGCUGCGCCGCGCCUUUGGCUUGUCCUCUGGGCAGUCCCUGCUCGCCCAUUUCCUCUGCGCCCGCCGCAAGCCCGGCGGUUGGGACACGGGCGUGGUGAUGCCUGGGCAGCUGCUGGUUUUCAGCGGCUGCAUGGUGUUCCAGUCUAACGUUCUGGGCAACAUCAAGUACAAGUGCAUAUGGUUCGAGAACGUGGUGUACGUGCGCAAGAAGAAGGUCCUGAGCCUCCCAAACUCCAUCCUGGUCAGACACAACGAUGCCGCGGCCGGCGUCCAGCGCGAGGAGCUGUUCACCUCGUUCCGCCUGGCCAGCAGGCAGCAGGCGUUUGCGCUGCUCUGCCACCAGUGGAGCCUGGCCUGGUGGGGCGGGGCGUGA